AUGCCCGUUCCACGUAAGAAAGGUAUAAUGAUUCGGCUAGCGUUCAUAACAUUGACACUAUCGUCUCUGUUGUCCGCGUGGUGGCUGGCCGGCGUCACAGGCGAGGCGUUACUGCCGCCUCUUCCCAUUCAGCAGCUGGACCAUUUCAGAUUCAACAGGAAUUUGAAGAGCUACCUCGAUAAAAUUGACGUUCUCAUCGAACCGUCGUCCACAGUGUGCUCACAGAAAAAGGAUAUACCAGUUUUAGUGUUAGUGACGUCAUCGCCAUCUCGCUUCGACCAUCGAGAGGCGAUUAGAAGCACGUGGGCGAAGCAUCUACCGACAUACUUCAUAAUGGGUUUGAAUGGACCUUCUGUGGAAGAUUUGAUGGUAGAUAAUUACGUAGAAGCAAAGAAGUAUAGUGAUGUUAUUAUAUACAAUUUUCAAGAUCACUACCAGAACUUGACCCUGAAGACCGCGCUCAUGCUCAAAUGGACAUCGAAGCACUGUCCCACGGAACUAAUGCUGUUCAAGACCGACGAUGAUGUGUUAGUGAACCCUUGGAUGAUGAAGCGGGUCUUGGAGGAGACGUCCGGGAGUGAUCUUGUAGGAUACAGGAAAAUGAACAACUACCUUCACCGCGACGAAUACAGCAAGUGGUACUCGCCGCGGUGGCUGCAUCGGCAAGACUUCAUCUCCGAGUAUCUCUCUGGGACGGGAUAUCUCAUAAAUGGUAAACUUAUCAAGAAGAUUCUAGAGACGGCAUUUGAGGUGCCGAUGAUAAAUUUAGAAGACGUCUACUUCACUUAUUUAGUGUCUAAGCUGAAGUUGGGUCUCGAGUUGACCCAUGAUCACAGACUGAGCCCCUAUAAGCCCCUGUUGAGCUUGGGCUGCUUGUACGCGGGGCUGGCGUCAGCUCACAGUCUGACGCCCGAGGAGAUGCUGAACGUCUGGCCGAGUGUCGAAGACCUGGGAGCGAAGAGUUUCUGUGACCGUUUUGUUAACACGUACUGGAAUGAGUGGCUUUUGUAUUGAUUUCUUGGCACAUUGUAUAGCCCCCCCCCCCUCCCCCCACAUUAGUGUUUCAAUCGUUGUGUUAACUGUGUUUACGU